ACCUCGCUCUCUUCUUCCUCAUCCUCCUAUCCAAGCCCAACCAAACCCACGAGAGAGGAGAGGAGAGAAAUAGAGAGAGGAAAGAGCGAAGAGGGAGAGAUCUAGGGUUUUCAUCUCGGUGAAACCCUGUUCUCUCCGACCCUAAGCAUCCUCUCUCUCCAUCUCCAUCUCCAUCUCCAUUGCCGCGGCGAUCUCCCAAAUUCUCCCCUUUCCACGGUGAUACUCCAAGAUCUCUGAGGCUCGCGGCGUCAUGGUAAUAACAAUGGUGAGAGGGUGAACCUUGUUGCCACUGUGAGAUCCCUCCUUUCCAACUGGUUGACCAAGAAUCGAGUGACAAACAAAGCUCCUCUGCUUGCAAGGUAAGGCGGGAUACGGCGAUCCUCCCCAAACCCGUGUUGGUGGAAGGCACGUGCAUUGAGCUAGCUCUUUAGAUAAAUAAAAAUGGUUCUGUGGGUUUUCGCAUAUGGAUCAUUGGUCUGGAACCCUGGAUUUGACUUUGAUGAGAGAAUAGUUGGGUUCAUCAAGGACUAUGAGCGUGUCUUUAAUCUUGCAUGCAUAGACCACAGAGGUACACCAGCUAAUCCUGCCAGAACUUGCACAUUGGAGGCAAAGAAAGGAGCAGUCUGUUGGGGUUCUGCAUAUUGUGUUAAAGGAGACAGAGAGAAGGAAAAGGCAGCAAUUCAGUAUUUGGAGAGAAGAGAAUGUGAAUAUGACAUGAAGGCAUCUGUAGACUUUUACAAGGAGGAUGAUCCAAUAAAGCCAGCUGUGACAGGCGUUCUUGUUUUCGUGUCCACCCCUGACAAAGAAGCCAACAGGUACUACCUAGGUCCAGCUCCACUGGAGGAAAUGGCAAGGCAAAUUGCUACUGCAAGUGGUCCUUGUGGGAACAACAGAGACUACCUGUUUUUGCUAGAAAAAGCACUGUAUGACAUUGGUCACGAAGAUGGUAGGGUGAUUGAGCUGGCAAACGAGGUCAGGAAGGUGCUUGCCAGGCUGAAAGAGAAAAAGAUUGCAGCCUCCCAUGCCUCGAUCAAGUCUCAUCGACCCCGUAUGCAGCUCUCCCCACUCCCGGAAACCACUGUGGUGAAUUCAAGAUGAAAACGAGCAGUCUUGUCUAAUUAACGAAGCGAAGGAACAUUAUCUCAAAGCAUGCACGAGCUUGUCCCUCUUAUUUGGUACCAACUCUAUCUGCUUCAAUUAUCUGUUAAAAACCUUUUGAAUGAUCAGCUCCUUCAGACCUGACUUAAAUUACUUUAUUUAUUCUGGGAUCUAUGCAUUUGCUCGUGCCACCUUCGUCAA